CGUUGGCGAUGCUCAGAGUUGCACCUAAAAACCGAGUGACUUUGUCUAUUCGUUUCUGGACCUCCGUGAGGUCGACCGAGAAGGGAAUCAUGUUGAAAAACUGCAAAAUUCUAAGGUACUAACCGAUGGUUGCACAGUUGGCAUCCAGAGAUGACCGUGGGGGGGCUGGAAAAGCCUGUGGGCCGCGUCCUCCUGGCAUCACAUGGGUGCAAAUAACUUUCAUCAAGCGAGGCCAGAAUUGCUCAAAGGCUUGUGUCGCUCCUUCCUUGCUGCUGUGGCCAUCACUUAGGACGAGCAUGGCUGGCCAGCAGGACAGCAGGAGGACCAACGGCUGGGGUCACAUCGCCCUGCUGGACAAGACCAGGGAGUUCUUCCAGACGUGCGAUGUGGAGAGUAAAGGCUUCAUCACGCGCACUGACAUGAGGAGGCUCCACAGGGAGCUGCCGCUGUCUGCUGAGGAGCUGGAGGACGUCUUUGACUCCCUGGACACGGAGCACAGUGGAUACCUCACGCUGGAGGCCUUCUCUUCUGGAUUCAGUCAGUUCCUUCAAGGCCGGCGGAUUUCGAUGCCCGACGAGCCGAACCAGGCAACCGGUUCAGGGUUCAGAACCAAGGAGGCCCUCUACCAGAGCCAAUGGGAAGCCAAGCUGUCGGGCGGCGAAGACGAGGAAGAGCACUUCUGUAUGCUGCUGGAGAGCUUGGGAGCGAGUCAUGUGUUUGAGGACCCGGACGAGGUGCGCAGCCUGUGGGCUCAGCUCAAGCGGGACGAGCCUCACCUGCUGUCCAACUUCGAGGAGUUCCUCGCCAGGGUCACCCAUCAGAUUAAGGAGGCCCACCAGGAGAAGCGAGAGAUGGAGAGCGCCCUCCAGAGGAAGGCGGCAACGCACGACAGUGAGAUCCGACAUCUGUACGAGGAGAUGGAGGCGCAGAUCAAAACGGAGAAAGACAAGCUCCUGCUGAAGGACUCCGAACGCCUCCAGUCACGGAGCCAGGACUUGGAGCACCAGCUGUCUUCCAAGGAGAAAGAGCUGGAGCAUCUUUUCCAGAAGCAGAAGAGGUUGGAGAUGCAGUGCCGCGAGCUGAACAGCGAGAAGCAGGAGAGCCACGUGGAGAACGUCAAGCUGAAGACAACCAACGACGAGCUGUCGCGAGCGUUGGAGACCACCAGCCAGGAGCUGCUGGUUGCCCAGGAGCAACUGACCAUGCUGCAGGAGCAGGCGGCCAGGCUGCACCAGGAGAAGGAGAUGGAAAUGUACCGAGUCACAGAAGGACUCCAGAGAGAGAAGCAAAGCCUGAUGAAGCAACUUGACCUCCUCAGAGAGAUGAACAAACACUUGAAGGACGAUCGGGACAUACGUAGUGGAGUGCCGAGAACAUCCCUGAGAAAGAAGCAGAAGCAGAGAGCAGGCCUGACCAACAUAUUUGACGACAGCAGCCAGCCUGUGAAAAGUGAGGACGACGCAACCGCUGCCAUCAACUCCUCGGGGAUGAAGAAGAGCGUUGGGUUGUCCAACGGCUACAUGGGCCCUGCCCCAGCUAAGGUUCACAACAUGAGGACCAAAGCCAAGAAGGCCAUCGCCAGGUCCUCCAGCUUGAGGAGGACCGCCAGGGAGCGGGCCAAGAGGCCGGAGGCGGAGAGGAAGACAGACGUCGGGGGUGAGGAGCUGGACGCACCCCCGGGCGGGUGGCCUUUGAGGCGCGUCAUCUCCAUCGAAGAGGACCACCUGCCCCACCUCCUCCAAGGUGGACCCCAGCUGUUGCUGCACCAGCUCAGCGAGGAAGAGGAUGCGGAGGAAGCGCAGCGCGAUUUGGACUCCAGCGUCAUCAUGGCAACGCAGUCACAGAAGCUCCAGUUAUUCCGAAAAAAGACCCCCAUGUCGCCACGGGGGCAACCUGUGGGAAAGGAGACCCAGCAUGCAGAAGAGGCGCCCUUGCUGGGGCCGAGCCGCCUCUUUAAAGUGGUCCUGGUGGGAAACUCCAGCGUGGGUAAGACGUCACUUCUGCGCUCCUUCUGCGAGGGACAUUUCCACCCGUCCACCACGGCCACUGUGGGGAUUGACUUCAGCGUGAAGAUCUUAACCCUCAACAAUAUGCAAAUAGCCAUGCAGCUGUGGGAUACGGCAGGUCAAGAGAGGUACCGCAGCAUCACCAAGCAGUUCUUCCGCAAGGCCGACGGCGUGGUGGUGAUGUACGACGUCACGAUGGACGAGAGCUUCAAGGCCGUGAGUCCGUGGCUCGCCAACGUCAAGGAUGCUGCAGGAGAAGGGGUCCAAAUCCUGCUGCUGGGCAACAAGAUGGACAUGGACUCAGACAGGGAGGUGUCCUUAAAAGAGGCAGAACAACUGGCUCAGGAGAGCAAGGUGAUGUUCUACGAGGUCAGCGCUUACACGGGAAAGAACGUGACCGAGUCCCUCACUCACCUGGCCAGAGUGUUGAUGGAGCAAGAGGACAAGGUUCGAGACACCACUGUCCUUCUGAGCGCUCAGCCCUUAAGGAAGAAAGCCUGCUGCAAGUGAAGAUGUUGAGGUCGACUUUUGACUUGCACGUUAAGCAAAGAGUCAGACAUUAGGAAGUUUGUGUCCUGCAAAUUACGGACUUGUGCUAAUUUCUUUUUUUUUGGAAGGUGGUGGAAAUACAGCAAUUUGCAGAAUUUGAGGCGGUGGACUUCAGGGGAAGGGGAGCAUCUUGAGAAAAAUUAGGAAAAUCAAGCAUAUAAUGUUUAUGUUGCAUUGUAGAACAGCUGCUUUUGAAGUGUGAGGCACAGGACUUCACAGGAGGUAUGGUAGCUUGUCAAAAUAAAGAAACAUUUAUUCAUUAAAACAUAAAAAAUAUUUCCUUCAGACAAAAGAUAUCUUUAGAAAAAAACAACUAUAUUUUUUGUCAAAAUUAGUAUACCUUAAACCUUAAUAAAAAAUAUUAAUAUGAUUUUUUUCCAUCAAUUCUUUUUCCCCCUUAUAUAUAAUUGGGGUGUCUCAAUCCGAUAUUUAUAACGGACAUCGUAACAAGUAUGGUAUUAUAUGUGUGACAUAAUGUGCGAUACAAGCAGUGUGUUUACAAAAGGUAAACAUGACAGGUAUAGGCUACUAGGAGCUUGCAUCUACACAACAGCUAAGCACACAAUAGCACACAAGCUCGAUAUGCGUAAUAAGUGUCCUUCAUUGAAAAUAUUGCAGUCUAAAACAGUACAUUUGUCAAUAUAAACAAGUAUCAAAUAAUUAUAGUUACAUAUUACUUACUCAUACAAAGUCUCCAAGUAAGAAAAGUGUUAGAAAGUAUCCAGCAACUAACGUGUCUGCAUCACAAGCUUAAGAAUUAUUAUUCCACUUCAAUUUAAAGCCAGUAUAAGUCCACUUCAGACGAUUAAUAAACAGGUUAGUGUUUUUCAUGCCUACCAUAGCUCUCUGUUUGACUAAUUUCACUUGAUCAAUCCUUUUCUAACAUUCCACACUCAAAACUAAUAAAAGUAUGUCUGAGUCCUGCUGAUAUCAUAUCGGGUUAAUAGUGGUAUCGCAUCGGAAGUGAAUAAGUUGUAUUGGGACACCCCCUAAUAUUUCUUGUUAUUCUUUAUCAUACUUAUGCUGCUGAAGUCCUCCAUCUCACAUGAAAAGUGUUGUUGUCCAGUAAGAUGCUAUCACUUCCUUGUUUUCUUUUGAAAAAUUGCAGAAUCACGCCAUAGGUUGAUUUUAUUUAAAAACAUGUUAUUAAUAUUACGGUUAUGUUAGAAUCAGCUUAAUUUUUCAUGUAAUCACAUAUUUGAUACUGAUGCCAGGACGAAUAAAAGAAUUUGUCAUGUAGUUGAAAUGAAAAC